CGUUUUUUCCCACUUCUCUCUCUACUAACUUUCUCUCUCUGGAAAAAGCCUCCUUUUCUCUCUUUAAGCCUCUCCCUCUUAAUCGAACAAACACAGAAGGAGAAGAAGAAGAAAAGAUUUAAGGGGAGUUAUACCAUUCAUGGACGACUAUUCUGGUAAGAGAGCUGGUGAUCGGUUCAUUGUCUCUAGAAAGGGAUCUCCCCAUGUUUUGAGAGAUACUGCUAACAACAGAGAUCAAAAAGCUCAGUUUUGCAACCGAAUUGGAUGCAGUGGCAGACUGAACUCUAGUAAAGGUACUCAAAUAAGUUCAGAAAAAGCCAAAUCUUCAAGGUCAAGGCCAUUAUUUUCAUCUUCCUCGAGUGGCAAGGAAACAAAGGGAAGCUCAUCUAAUAAGGCCUGCUCUGCCAUCAGCAAACCUAGAAAUUCCUUGCAGGAACCUCGUAAAAAGUUUUCUUCUCAGCUAGAAUCAGAAUCCUCAGAAACUGGGAGUGGUCAGGAUGAAGUUACACCACCUUCUGGAAGGAUUAAAUUAGACCUUCGCCCUGAAACCGAUGGAGCUGGUUCUAGUGAUAUUACCUCAACGGAAGCUGGAAGCUCUGGUAUAUCAAAAAGUACAAGAUCUCAUUGGAAUUUUCAUCAGAAAUCUGGAUUGGUAAACCCCGAGACUGUAGUGGGGUCACCAGUUUCUUUGGCAUCCAAAAGCACCAUUCAGGGAACUCGUCUGAAUGUCAGUGGGUUUGGUCACAGAAAUCUUAGAUGCAAUACAGUAUCUGAUUCUUCCUCUUCAGGUUCUUCAUCAUCAGAUUUAAAUCUAAGUAGACGGAAAGACACAUUCAACAAGAGAAUUUGUGAUGGAGAAAGUAGUAACUUUGCCAGGGGGAAAAGGAUGAUUGGGUCAUCAUUAGAAGGGCGGAGUUCUAGUUCAAAUUCCGGUAUCUCCAUUUCUGAUUCAAGGCGAGCUAGAACUGGAACUUUGAAUAGGGAUAGCAGUGCUGCAUCAAUUAGGUCUCGAAGACCACUCAGUGGCUACACAAGGGCAAGUGUUGCUAACCAAGGAAGUGGAAACAAUUUAUCAGCAAAUGAGAUCCCACUAACAUCUCAACCUGAUAUGUCCCUGGAUUUGAAUGCUCCGAGUUCAUCACACCGCUUCUCCGUGGAAGCCUCUUUAGGCCGCCCAAGUUCUUAUAGUCGACCUGGCAGUAGCAAUGGGAGUUUACGGGGUAUGAGGCCAUCCAGUCCAGCAGAAGUUAGUAAUACCCAAUCUUUGAUGAAUCGUGAGAGUUUCCAGCGCUACAAUAUGGUUGGGAUUGCUGAGGUAUUAUUGGCACUCGAGAGGAUUGAACAAGAUGAAGAACUAACAUAUGAGCAAUUGCUUGUUUUGGAGACCAGUUUGGUACUUCAUGGACUAAACUUCCAUGAUCAACAUAGAGACAUGAGACUGGAUAUCGACAAUAUGUCAUAUGAGGAACUAUUAGCUCUUGAAGAGAGAAUGGGUACUGUGAGCACAGCACUAACAGAGGAAGCCUUGUCAGAAUGCCUCAAGACUAGCAUUUAUCAGUCCACUACUAUGGAGGAUGCGACUGCAAACCUAAAAGGUGAUAAGGAUGACAUCAAGUGCAGCAUCUGUCAGGAAGAGUAUGUUGAUGGAGAUGAAGUGGGAAGGUUACAAUGUGAGCAUGGGUAUCACAUGUCCUGCAUACAUCAAUGGCUAAGUCUGAAAAAUUGGUGCCCUAUUUGCAAGGCAUCAGUGGCUCCGUCGCCUCCAUCCUCGUAAACAAUUAAUAAACUGGGUGCAGGCGACUGGCUUUUUCAUUUUGUACAAAAUAAGUCUGUCACUUUCAUCUGUUUUUCUUCCCUUUUUUUUUAUAUGUUUUCUUUUAUGUACAAAUCAAUUAUCUUUCAACAGACUAAUAAGUCCAGGCUCUGUUGGCCUCUACAAUCAUCACUCGAUUGUCUACCCAUAGAAAAAGAAUUAAUGAAAAUUACUUUGAUUGUUUCUGGCCUUUUGGCA